GCGGGGGCUGAGCUGAGGCGGCUGCCGCUCGGACCCGACCGGCCCCGCCGUGCCGCCGCGCUCGCUCCGAGCAUGGGAGCGGAGCGGGGCGGAGGGGAGCUGCCGCGCGGCGCCGAGCGGGCCUGGGGGCGGCCCCCGGGCAGUCCCCGGCCCAUGGCCUUCAUCAUGAUGAAGAAGAAGAAGUUCAAGUUCCGCGUGGAGCUGGAGCUGGACGAGCUCUCCUCCGUGCCCUUCGUCAACGGCAUCCUCUUCUGCAAGGUGCGGCUGCUGGACGGCGGCAGCUUCAGCGGGGAGUCCUCCCGGGAAGUAGUACAGGCAAACUGUGUCCGCUGGAAGAAAAAGUUCUUAUUUAUGUGUAAAAUCAGUGCCAGUGCCACAACAGGGAUUUUGGAUACUUGCAUUUGCAGGGUGUCUGUAAGGAAGGAGUUAAAAGGAGGAAAGGCAUAUGCAAAGCUGGGAUUUGCAGACCUAAAUCUUGCAGAGUUUGCUGGAUCAGGAAAUACCACUCGUCGAUGUUUACUGGAAGGUUAUGAUACCAAAAAUACAAGACAGGAUAACUCCAUUCUCAAAGUUUUGAUCAAUAUGCAGCUAAUGUCUGGAGACCCAUGCUUUAAAACGCCUCCUUCCACAGGAAUGUCUAUAGCAAUUGCUGGAGAAUCAGAACCUCUUAAUGAAGACAGGAAAGGUGGAGAAAACUUAAAAGUAGUACAUCUGGGCAUAGCAGAUGUCUCGUCAAAGAGUGCCUCAGUCCCAGAUGAACUUGGUGCAUGUGGACAUUCCAGAACAUCAAGCUAUGCAAGUCAGCAGUCAAAACUGUCAGGAUACAGCACAUGUCACUCUAGAGCAUCCAGUCUAUCUGAACUCUCUCACAGGAGAAACACCUCAGAGGGUAGUACCUCAACAGGAAUUGGAAGUAUUCUGGAGCCAUGUGACGAGUCUGAGCCAAAAGUAACUAAUAUCGACACAUCUGUUAAAGAUGCACCAUCAGAAAAAGUCUGCAGACAUCCUGUAAAACAAGACUCUGUGGAGUCACAGCUGAAGAGGGUUGAUGCUACCAGAGUUGAUGCUGAUGAUAUAGUUGAAAAAAUACUCCAGAGUCAAGACUUCAGUUUAGACUCAAGUGCAGAAGAAGAAGGCUUAAGAUUAUUUGUGGGCCCUGGUGGAAGCACUUCUUUUGGAAGCCAUCAUCUACCUAACAGAGUAGGAUCUGGAGCGUAUGAGCAAGUGGUGAUAAAACGCUAGACUAGAAUGACAAACAAGAGGAAAACUCAGGGCUCUGGCAUUGGAACUUGGUGGUGUUUGUUCUGUUGCAAAAGUUGCCAAAGCCAAGAUCAACUCAAUGUGGUCUUUUCUUGAAAGGAAAUGGAAUGUCUCUUGCUCACAGAGCUUCAUCUUCUGUGGUAUGAAGGCAAUGUAUAGCUAUGUAUACCUUGUGCAAGUAGUUGGACUGUUUUUUAAGAUCCACUUGAUGUUAGUGGAAUUGCCUGCUCUUUAAGUUGUGCAAAACGUUUUUAGAAGCAUGAUAAAAUGAGAUUUCAUUAUUUCAUACAAGAGAUCAUUUGUGGUGAUGUACUUUGUUCAUAGCUUCUUUUCUAGAGAAGAUUCUUAAAGCUGGUCUUAAAUGAACCUGAAGAAAUUAAUUACUCAAUUUGAUCCUACCUGCCAUUUUAGUCUUACAGAACAUAACUACUUCUAUCAAGUCAACAUUAUUAAGUCAAAGUUCAGGCCUCCACAAAAUAGCAUAGCUAUGUUUUAACAUAACAAAAACCUCUUAAAAGUACUGAUCAUAAAUUCAUUAUAAGGUUGAACUGUAGAGGUGAACUUCACAUGCAUUUAAAAGGAAAAAAAAAACAAACCAAAAACCAAAAC